AACUCCCGGAGGGGCGGGGCAAGAGUGGGAGGACACCCCGCGCGCGGCCGCCAGCGCUCCGGGAUCUCGAGAUAGCCGCAGCUCUCGCGAUCUUUCUGGAGCCGCACCUCCACGCGGAGUCCGAGCGCGUGUGCUGAGACCCGAGGGUCGGGAGGGCGGAGACUGGGAGGGAGGGAGAAGCCCCUUUGGCCUGCCUUACGGAAGCCUGCGAGGGAGGGUGGUGUCCACUGCCCAGUUCCGUGUCCCGAUGCCCAGCGCCAGCGCCAGCCGCAAGAGUCAGGAGAAGCCGCGGGAGAUCAUGGACGCGGCGGAAGAUUAUGCUAAAGAGAGAUAUGGAAUAUCUUCAAUGAUACAAUCACAAGAAAAACCAGAUCGAGUUUUGGUUCGGGUUAGAGACUUGACAAUACAAAAAGCUGAUGAAGUUGUUUGGGUGCGUGCAAGAGUUCAUACAAGCAGAGCUAAAGGGAAACAGUGCUUCUUAGUCCUACGUCAGCAGCAGUUUAAUGUCCAGGCUCUUGUGGCGGUGGGAGACCAUGCAAGCAAGCAGAUGGUUAAAUUUGCUGCCAACAUCAACAAAGAGAGCAUUGUGGAUGUAGAAGGUGUUGUGAGAAAAGUGAAUCAGAAAAUUGAAAGCUGUACACAGCAAGAUGUUGAGUUACAUGUUCAGAAGAUUUACGUGAUCAGUUUGGCUGAACCCCGUCUGCCCCUGCAGCUGGAUGAUGCUGUUCGGCCUGAGGCGGAAGGAGAAGAGGAAGGAAGAGCUACUGUUAACCAGGAUACAAGAUUAGACAACAGAGUCAUUGAUCUUAGGACAUCAACUAGUCAGGCAGUCUUCCGUCUCCAGUCUGGCAUCUGCCAUCUCUUCCGAGAAACUUUAAUUAACAAAGGUUUUGUGGAAAUCCAAACUCCUAAAAUUAUUUCAGCUGCCAGUGAAGGAGGAGCCAAUGUUUUUACUGUGUCAUAUUUUAAAAACAAUGCAUACCUGGCUCAGUCCCCACAGCUAUAUAAGCAAAUGUGCAUUUGUGCUGAUUUUGAGAAGGUUUUCUGUAUUGGACCAGUAUUCAGAGCGGAAGACUCUAAUACCCAUAGACAUCUAACUGAGUUUGUUGGUUUGGACAUUGAAAUGGCUUUUAAUUACCAUUACCACGAAGUUAUGGAAGAAAUUGCUGACACCAUGGUACAAAUAUUCAAAGGACUUCAAGAAAGGUUUCAGACUGAAAUUCAAACGGUGAAUAAACAGUUCCCAUGUGAGCCAUUCAAAUUUUUGGAGCCAACUCUAAGACUAGAGUAUUGUGAAGCAUUGGCUAUGCUUAGGGAAGCUGGAGUCGAAAUGGGAGAUGAAGAUGAUCUGAGCACACCAAAUGAAAAGCUGUUGGGUCAUUUGGUAAAGGAAAAGUAUGAUACAGAUUUUUAUAUUCUUGAUAAAUAUCCAUUGGCUGUAAGACCUUUCUAUACCAUGCCUGACCCAAGAAAUCCCAAACAGUCCAACUCUUACGAUAUGUUCAUGAGAGGAGAAGAAAUAUUGUCAGGAGCUCAAAGAAUACAUGAUCCUCAGCUGCUAACAGAGAGAGCUUUACAUCAUGGAAUUGAUUUGGAGAAAAUUAAGGCUUACAUUGAUUCCUUUCGCUUUGGAGCCCCUCCUCAUGCUGGUGGAGGCAUUGGAUUGGAACGAGUUACUAUGCUGUUUCUGGGAUUGCAUAAUGUUCGUCAGACCUCCAUGUUCCCUCGUGAUCCCAAACGACUCACUCCUUAAAUUCACACUUUGCCACUUAACUCCAGUGUGGAUGACAGAGCAAGACCCUGCCUCAAAAAAAAAAAAAAAAAAAAAAAAAAAGCCACACUUAUUCUUUUCAGUAACCUGCUAGUGCAUAGGCUGUACUUUAGGUACUUAAAAUAUGCACUAGAAUAAAUUUGCAAGGCCCUAAAGUAUCACUGUUAUUUUUGGAGUAAUUCAGUGUAGGUUCAUUUAAAAGAGAUUUUUAUAACUUCAGAUAUGCAUCAGUAGGAAAUACUUGAGAAAUUCAUAUGGUUAUGUUAAAAAUUCAUAUUCUGUUACUACAGUAAACGUUAAGAGUUUUAAACAGUUAAGAUUGUACAAUUUUUUUUCUUUUCUAUAUUACAAGGGCCCCAGUGUUAAUGUCUUAGAUUUUCAGUAUUUGAACUUAUUUUUUUAAAUUCUGACAUUGGGAUAAGAAUAAUUCAGGUAGCAUCUGAAAUUUUAAUGAAUGUAUAAUUGGCAUAUCAUGGAAAAUUAACCAUAAAGUAUCAGUUCUUAAAAGUUAUGCCUAGAAAUUAUGUAAAGCUAAACUACUGGUUAGAAAGUAUUCAGUGUAAUAUUGUAUUAAUUUGUUAAAUUCUAAACUUGAAUUUCAAUAAAAUUUUAAAGCUAA